AUUUUUCUGUUGUGGUCAGCUGACCUGCAGCUCCGCUCUGUCACAUGACUUCAUCCGCUUCCUCUGUUUCUUUUCCACAGACUCAGCUGAACUCUCUCUGGAGCAGUCGUCUGAAGCCGAGCGGACGGAUGAGCGGCUUCGUCUCCACUGAAACAGAAACAUGCCGUCCAACAGAUCAGUGUCCGACGCUCCCAUCACUCAGUUCAUCAACUGCAGGAUCCUGAGAGACCACAGGCUGCAGAGAGAGGACCUGUGGGUGCGUGAAGGGAGGAUUUUAGAUCCAGAGAAGUUGUUCUUUGAUGAGCAGGGCUACGCCGACAAACGUGUGGACUGUGAAGGCAGCAUCAUCGCGCCGGGCUUUAUAGACGUCCAGAUCAAUGGAGGAUUCGGCAUCGACUUCUCUCAGGCCUCGGACGACGUCAGCGCUGGAGUUUCUUUUGUGGCUAAAAAGAUCCUGGAGCACGGCGUCACGUCCUUCUGUCCCACUCUGGUCACGUCUCCUCCUGCUGUUUAUCACAAGGUGUUGCCUCAGGUCAAAGUUCACGGUGGAGGACCACAUGGAGCAGGAGUUCUUGGUUUUCACCUGGAGGGUCCGUUCAUCAGCCUGGAGAAGAAGGGAGCUCACCCGGAGCAGUAUCUGCGGACCUUUCGGUGCGGGGGGGUCGAGGACCUGAUUGAGGUCUACGGCAGCCUGGACAACGUCGCCAUGGUGACGCUGGCUCCCGAGCUGGUCCGGCAGCCAAUCGUCCUGUUCGGUCUCAUGCUCCGCCUCCUGUCUCCUCCUGCAGGUCACUCAGUGGCCAACCUGUCUCAGGCCGAGGACGCCGUUCAGACCGGAGCCUCCUUCAUCACUCACCUCUUCAACGCCAUGCUGCCUUUCCACCACCGGGACCCUGGCAUAGUGGGUCUGCUGACCAGUGAUCAGGUCCCUGCAGGGAGGACCGUCUACUACGGGAUGAUCGCUGACGGGAUCCACACCAACCCUGCAGCUCUGCGCAUCGCCCACAGAGCUCACCCCUCAGGUUUGGUGCUGGUGACGGAUGCGAUCGCAGCGAUGGGUCUUCCUCCCGGUCGUCACACUCUGGGUCAGCAGGUCAUCGAGAUCCAGGGUCUCCACGCUUACGUGGCAGGCACUAAGACUCUGAGCGGCAGCAUAGCCACCAUGGAUAUGUGUGUGCGACACUUCAAACAGGCUUCAGGCUGCAGCGUGGAGGAAGCUCUGGAAGCCGCCUCGCUCCACCCGGCUCAGCUUCUGGGCCUCGGCCACAGGAAAGGAAACCUGGACUACGGCUCAGACGCAGACCUCGUUUUGCUCGACGACGCCCUCGAUGUCAAAGCCACCUACAUCUCUGGAGAGGAGGUUUGGAGAAAAGGACCAUAGAAGAAGAAGGAGCGGCCGUGCUGAUGGUGCCUUCAGGGGACGCUGUUUCCCACAGAGACACGGAUCUGUUGAAUGUUUUAAUUCAUCAGAGACACAGCAGAGGCUUCGUCUGCUGCUGCACAUCCUCCUCCUGCACUCACAGGAUCAAUCGUUAACACUGAGAGGUCAGAGGUCAAAUCCUGCCUCAGCUCUGUGUCAAUAAGUUCAGUUUAUGUUCAGUUCAGGCUGAAAGUUGAGUCAGUUCAAGUUCCCGCUCCAGCAGAGCAGUGGGACCACAGGUAAUUUAUCUGGUUAGAGAAAUCUGCCUUUGUUCUUGACAUAAUGAGAUGAAUUCAUUCGGUUAUCUCCAGAUAAUGAUGUCUGCUGUGGUCCAACAGUUUCCUGUUUGACUUUCAUUUAAUGUUUUUUGAUCAACAGAGAGAAGAAAAUUUAAAGUGACUGAAAUGAAGGACAAAUGUAAAAGACGAGAUCCAUGUGUGAGUGUUAAGUCUGUCCAGCUCAGUGUGGACGUUACAGAUGCAUCAGGUUCAGACAGUUCUCUGUUUUCUGCUUCAUCAUUUAUUCACAUCAGUCUUUUGUAUUUUCUACUUAAAGUCGAUCACUCUGUAAACAGACGUUUUCACCACUUUUACACUUUCUCUGUCUGUAAUUAUCAAAAAAGCCUCAUUAAAUCCACUGAAUCAGAGUGUGUCAGAUGUCCUGUACAGGCCACCGUACAGAGGAUAAACCUGCAGGUAGACCACCCUCAGGACAGACCUGUGUUUGGAUCUGGUCCUGAAUCUGACUCGUUUCACUCUGAGCUGAACGUUGAAUAAAUGAUUCACAGGUUUUCUUCACCUGUUUGAUUUGAACCAUGUUUCAUAGCUGUGAUUUAAAGGGAAACAUUUUGGUAUUAAAUGAAAUUUAAAUCCA